CGGGUCAGCGAUGUUGUGCCGAAAUAAUUUGACAAAUGAUCUUUCUCAAAAUAUGUCAUUUUCCUUCACGAAGAUUUCUUUGAUGGAAUGGAAAAUUUUGUGUGUUUUAAAAUGAUGCAAGCCAGGCUUUAAGGGGUAGCCUUUUCAGACACUUGAAAAGCUUAGUUUAACUAGAUAUGUCAUACAAUAGAAUUUACCUAUAUUAUAGAGAGGUAUUCACUGAGUUGAACAAGACUCUGAAAGUGCUGGACCUAAGUCGCAAUGAGUAUCACCUUCGUAUGAAGGGAAUGGGUCAUCGUCUUGAGUUCGGCAGUCUAACAAAUCUGGUUUUUAAGUUUUAAAUCUUGCAAAUAAUGGCAUUUGAAUGAGAAUUACUCCACAACUGAGCAGCAACUCUGUGAAGUAUAUAUACUUUUCUGGGAAUAGCCUAGCUAUAAUGUGGAAUACAGAGGGCCAGACCUAUAUUCAUUUCUUCCAGAAAGUAUUUAAUCUACUGGGACACUGCCUGUGUUCAUUCGAACAAUGGAUCCUAUGUAGUCUACCAGAGAGAAGUCAGGCUAUUAGUAUUAGCAAUAAUUACCUUGUUUAUUUUCCAUGGCAGGACCUCCAAUGUCUAACGCAUCUAAAUCUCAGUGGAAAUCACCUUUCAAUUCUGCCUCCCAGUAUUACAGAGUUUUCACCACAUCUUUCCCUGUUGGACCUCAGUGUCAACCAGAUUACAGAUCUUCCAGAUAAUUUCUUAAAUCGAGCCAAAGCUCGACUCUAUCUCAAAACCAACCGUCUCGUUGUUCUGAACCUUCAGUCACUCCCAUCUCUGCGGAAAAAUGGAAAUUCUUUUCAAGUGCUUAUCCUGCAUGGAAACCCUUUCAUCCUUGACUGUAACUCCGAAUUGGAAGUAUUUCUGCGGACCAGCAACACACAUAUUCCUUACCUGGCCACUGCUGUCCAAUGGGGAUUCCCAGAGCCCCUGCAGGGUCAAAGUGUGCUGACUGUUGAUCACCGUUCCUAUCAGGAGAUCUAUGGUGGCUUUUCCUUCCUCUUAAGUACAUUCUCCACAAGUGCAUUUAUUGCUCUGCCACUGUUACGACAUCUGUACUGCUUGGAUGUGUGGUACUGCCUACAGAUCCUAUGGGCAGGAUGCAAGGGCUACCUGCAUCCUUCUGCCAGUUGCUCGACAAAACACUAUGAUGCUUUCAUGGUGUUCUACACAAACAACCAGGCCGUGAGAGACUUGGUUUACAAUAAGGUGGUUAUCCGUUUGGAGAGCUCAGGCUGUGUAGAAGAUCCUCUCUCUGUUUUGAGGAGAGGGACGGGAUUCCUGGGUGUGGGGGCAAGGGCGUAGGUUUGGUCUGAGCGUUGGUGGGGACACUCCCCAGACACCCCCCCCCCCCCCACACACACACACACUAAAUGAAAUAAUGUAUGACGCACGCCUGACUUUAACUUUGUUUGAUGCAUUAUCUGCUGAUGCAUAUGCAGUAAAACAUUUAGUAUAGCACAAUUCCAAUUGUACACAUCUGCUUGGUAAGCAAAGACAAAGAUUCCGUCCACCUUUUAAAUUAUAAAACAGAUCUGUCUCAAAUAUAUAUUUUGGCAUAUUUGGCAGUUUUUUGUGAUUCGUUGUGAUUGCGUGCAGAGUGUGUCUGUUGGGUUAUCUGGAUUAUAUAGGAUGUAGCAAGCAA